AUGACCGGCUACAUUGCGAGAUUCCGCGCGCGCGAUCUUCGAUGCCUCGCCGGAUCGCCCGCUCUGCCUGUGGGCAGCGAUAAUCCUGGCCUACGCCAGGACGGCCGAUCCAAGCACACGAUCCAGCUCUUCCGUCUGAUGGAUCUUGAGGGGACGGAGCCGGAUCCGGAAACACUAGUGGCAAUCCUCGAUGCGUGUGCGGUGGUCUCGGAUCUCCAGGUCGGGAAGAUCGUGGUGGAGUACUUGGGCGGCGGCAGGGAUCUCGUGCUGGGCGGUGCAAUCGUCAACAUGUAUGCCAAAUGCGGCUGCAUGGGUGAUGCCGAGAGGAGCUUCCUCGCCAUGCCCGUGAGGAAUUUGAUCGCGUGGAACACGAUGAUCGCGGCCUAUGCGCACAGCGGGCGCAUCGCGAGCUGCCUGGUGUCCUUCCAAUCCAUGCUGCUUGAUGGGAUCGAUCCCGACGGGGUGAGCUUCCUCAUGAUCCUCAGCACUUGCAGCCACGCUGGGGCGCUCCAGUUGGCGAUCGAGAUCUUCCUCUCGUCCGCCCAGGACCACGGCCUCUCGCCCACGGCGUGGCACUACUGCUGCAUGAUUGUUCUCCUGGGCAGGGCGGGCAAGCUGGGUGACGCGGAGGAUCUCAUCCGGGGCAUGCCGUUUAAAUCCGACGGGGGUGCGCUGUGGCAAUCGUUGCUGAGCUCGUGCUGGAGCCACGGCGACGCACAGCGUGGCACACUGGCGGCGGGGAGGGCGGUGGCGUUGGAGCCGUGCGAAUCGUCCUCAUACGUGACGCUGGCUGGCAUCCUCGAUGGGAGCUAA